UAAUAAUGUAGAGAAAGUGAAAGAAUUUACUAAUAAAGUCACCAAGAAUACAGAAGAAAUCCUUAAGAAAUUUUCUGAUGAAAAAGAAAAAAUAGCGAAAGUUUCUAAGGAAAUCGAAGAGGAAGUGAAAAAAUUUUCUACUGAAAUUUCUAAUACAAUCAAAGAGGAAAUUUUUAGAAAUAUUAAAGGAAGAAUUGAAGAAUAUUUAUACGAAACUCUUGAUGAAGUUUAUUAUAAUUUCCAAUUAUAUGAUAAACCAGAAAGUUAUUAUGGGCAAGAAACUUCUAAUGAAGGACAAACGUCCACUAAACAUAUGUCACUAAUUUCUGUUGAGCAAGGAAUAACAGGAAUAACAAAUGAUAAGAGCGUAAUAAAUUAUAAAACUGAUAAAAUCAGAAACUUAUUUUCUAAGGCAAUGAGAGAAAAACGCACUGAUAUUAUAAACGUCAUAACCGCAGAAAAAGAUAACUUUGCUGAAUUACAGAAAAAUAUAACUGAACGACUGAAAGCAACAUUAGAUAACAAUGAUAGCAAGGACAUAGAUAUGGAACAUAUCAUAUUUAUCAUUUGUGCAAUAAUUGACAGCGAAUCUUUAAUAUUUUUGGAUAACAUAUCAAAAGAUUAUACUAAAAAAGUAAAAGCUCAUGUAGAAAGCAGCAAAAAUAUACGGAUAAAGAUUUCCUUUAGUUUGAACUCCAAAUUCCUUGAGUUCUGGUAG